GAGACCUGUCUAUUCUGCCAAUACCAGUGUUGCCUAUCUCUACCCUCUCUCUAAUCUCUCACCUUCAGUUCAAGUCCAAGUUUUUAAUCAGAUAAAGAGAACAACAUCAAGCCAAGAUGUCUGACAAAAAGAUGACAUCGAGUCGCAGGCAUCAUCUGAAGAGCUUGAUGCUUCAGAUUGCUGCAACACGACUUGAACAAGAGGAAGUUGAUGCUGUCGCGGCAAAGGAGGCCUACCUGAAUGAGCAAUGCCCUGCACUUAGUCUACCCAGCGGUGUUGAGGAGCUUCAAAAACUGAUCAAAGAAAUCCACGGCAAGAUUGACAAAGUGGAUGAGGAGAGAUAUGACGCAAAUUCCAAAGUGACAAAAGGAGCUAAAGAUAUUGAAGAUCUCAAGUUCAAGGUAACAGAGAUGAAGGGUAUGAAGAAACCAGCUCUGAAGAAAGUACGUAUGUCUGCCGAUCAGAUGCUUCAGGCUCUGCUGGGCUCCAAGCACAAGGUCACCAUGGACUUGAGAUCCAACCUGAAGCAGGUGAAGAAGGAGGUCAAGCAGGAGGCGACUGGCGACUGGCGCCAGAACGUUGAGGACAAGAAGGACAAGAAGAAGAUGUUUGAGGGUGCUGAGGCGUAAAUUCAAGAGACUCAAGAAGUUGACAUCUGCCAGAAAAAAAGCAUUAUGAACAUGGACAAAAUGAUUGGAUGUGGGACAUUUGUUCUUUGUGCUUAAUGUUGAUAGGUUAUGUUCUCUACAGUACCUUGACUGAAACAAAUGCCUUUUAUUCUCAAAAUGCACUGAAUUUAGAUAGAGCAAGCAUGGUACUGUUGCAAACCAUACAUAUUAAACAUUGGGCUUUAAUAUU